AUGGACUCCAUUGACCAGUUUCUAGAGACCGUCGGCAAGGCCGUCUGCCCCCGGGAGUCGGAGGUGAAGAAGUUAUGCAACGUCGCCCGCACCAUUCUUGACGCGGAGGCCAACACCCACACGAUGCGCGCGCCGUGCACCAUCGUCGGCGACAUCCACGCCCAGUUUUUCGACCUCAUCGAGAUGUUUCGCGUGGGCGGGGACGUCCCCGACGUGAACUACGUGUUCAUGGGCGAUUACGUUGACCGCGGGCACCACGGCGUGGAGACGUUCCUUCUGCUGGUUGCUCUCAAGGUGAAGUAUCCCAAUCGCGUCGCACUGCUCCGCGGCAACCACGAGUCGCGCCAGAUCACGCAGGUGUACGGUUUCUAUGACGAGUGCCUCCGGAAGUACGGCAGCGUGAAUGUGUGGCGCUACUGCACGGAGGUGUUUGACCUCUUGCCGCUUGUGUGCGUGGUGGAGGAGAAGAUCCUGUGCGUUCACGCGGGGCUCUCGCCCAUGAUCUCCACGAUGAGCCAGAUAGAUGCCAUCGAGCGCCGCUGCGAGGUGCCGCACGAAGGCGCCAUGUGCGACCUGCUGUGGUCCGACCCGGACGAGAUCGACGCCUGGGGCCUCUCCCCGCGCGGCGCCGGUUACCUGUACGGCGAAGAGGUGGUGCGCACGUUCCUCGAGACCAACAGGCUAGAGCUCCUGUGCCGCUCGCACCAGCUUGUGAUGGAGGGCUACCGGGUGAUGUUCAACGACACGCUUGUGACGGUGUGGUCGGCCCCGAAUUACUGCUACCGCUGCAUGAAUGUGGCGUCCAUACUGGAGCUAGACGAGCACCUCAACAAGAACUUCAAGCUCUUUGAGGCGGCCCCGGAUGAUGCAUACGAGCCCGCGAAGGCGGCUUUGCCAGAGUACUUCCUGUAG